CAGUGCCUUCCGGGGCCUGGCAGCUGGCAGGGCAGUGGCAGAGCGAGCCUCCGUGCAGCCUGUCAGGGUCUGCUCUGCUUCCCCAUCACGUCCACCCAGUUGCCCUAGUGACUGUGUGACCCUUCUCCUCCACCCUGCGCCGCCACCAGCCCUAUAAAUAGAGGCGAGGAGCAGCUGGGCUCUCUUGGCAGUCACCAUGAGGACGCUGGUCCUGCUCUGCUGCUUUGUGGCCUCGCUCCUGCUCCCAGGACAAACAGAACGGCAAGUUUCCGCUUCGGGUGGCACGGAAGAUGUUGGCAAUUUGUUGGAGAAUCAUUUCUCUGCUGGAGAAGCAAGUCUAGAGGAGAAGGAAAGGGCGCUUUAUGCGGAGGCGGCCCCUCAAGAGAAGACCCUGCUCCUUCACUCCCCGGAUGGCAGGGAGGCUGAGAGCUCGGAGCAGACAGCCGCUGGGUCACCUGCCAGCGCCAGCCCGGGCCCUGGUCCCGAAUCCAGCCUCUCCAAUGCCUCAGCCUCAGAGUCAGCUGCCCCCAGGGACCCUGCGGGACCCGGGGAGGAAGAAGUGGGCCCACCCAGAGCCAGCAUCCUUCCAGCAGAAGGAGAGGGCAGGCCUGGGGAAGAGCUGGGACUGGGAGAGGGCCCAGGACAGGAGGGGGCGACUGAAGGGCAGGCUGGGAGUGGUGCAGUCCCCGAGGAAGCUGAGGAGGUUCUAGGGGACCACCCCGCACAGGGGGCAGCAGGAGGGACUGCGCAACCAGAAGGCUUGGGAGCCUCUCCUGCCAUGGAGGUCACGGAGGUCACGGAGGUCCACGCCCCUAAGACACAACAGGACAGCCCAGGGCGUGAUCAGGAGCCAGAAGUGCCAGAUGGAGGCUUGGACAUGGACACAGAAACCAAGGAGGGAGCCGAGGACCAGGGGGAGCCCAGCCCAGUCUCAGAGACCAGCUAUGCACGGAGCUCUGAGGCGGGGGACACCCAGGAGGACCACCCCCCUGAGGCCCAGGCCCCAGGGCUGACGGAGGAGGCCCUGGACGAGGCCUCCUCUGAAGAAGAGAGUGGUGACCACGGUGGAGGCGAGGAAGGAGGAGGAGCACCAUCUGAAGAAUCUGAGGAGGACAGUGGCGACGGGGAGAGUUCAGAAGAAACUGGGGGUGCCUCAGAGGAAGCCGGGGAACCCCAGGAAGCAGCAGGAACCAUGAGCCCUGGAGAUGAGGGGCCCCAGCUGAGCUCUGAGGAAUUGAAUACAGGACCCGAGGGGGACGAGGCAGAGGAGCCUAAGGAGGGGCCUCAGGAAGAGGCAGAGGAUGUGAGUGAAGAAGCCCAGAUGAGGGACCGUUCCCACAUCGAGAAGACUCUGAUGCUGAGUGAGGACAAGCCAGUGGAUGAUUACUCUGUGGUGCUGCAGCGGCUUCGAAAGAUCUACCACUCCUCCAUCAAGCCCCUGGAGCAGUCAUACAAAUACAACGAACUUCGGCAGCACGAGAUCACAGAUGGGGAGAUUACUUCCAAGCCCAUGGUGCUAUUCCUGGGACCGUGGAGUGUUGGCAAGUCCACCAUGAUAAACUACCUCCUCGGCUUGGAAAACACUCGCUAUCAGCUCUAUACAGGUGCUGAGCCCACCACCUCUGAGUUCACCGUCCUCAUGCACGGACCCAAGCUGAAAACCAUCGAGGGUAUCGUCAUGGCUGCAGACAGCGCCCGGUCCUUCUCACCCCUUGAGAAAUUUGGCCAGAAUUUCCUAGAGAAGCUGAUUGGCAUUGAGGUUCCCCACAAACUUCUGGAGCGAGUCACUUUCGUGGAUACACCAGGCAUCAUCGAAAACCGCAAGCAGCAAGAAAGAGGUUACCCCUUCAAUGACGUGUGCCAGUGGUUCAUCGACAGAGCGGACCUCAUCUUUGUCGUCUUUGACCCAACCAAGUUGGAUGUGGGUCUGGAGCUGGAGAUGCUCUUCCGCCAGCUGAAGGGACGUGAGUCCCAGAUAAGGAUCAUCCUGAACAAGGCCGACAACCUGGCCACACAGAUGCUUAUGCGGGUUUAUGGGGCCCUCUUUUGGAGCUUGGCCCCACUCAUCAACGUCACAGAGCCCCCGAGGGUGUACGUCAGCUCCUUCUGGCCACAAGACUACAAGCCCGAUACCCACCGGGACCUGUUUCUCAAGGAAGAGAUCUCUCUUCUAGAAGACCUGAACCAGGUUAUCGAGAACAGGUUGGAGAACAAGAUCGCCUUCAUUCGCCAGCACGCCAUCCGGGUCCGCAUCCACGCCCUCCUGGUUGACCGCUAUCUGCAGACUUACAAGGACAAAAUGACCUUCUUCAGUGAUGGAGAGCUGGUCUUUAAGGACAUUGUGGAAGACCCCGACAAGUUCUACAUCUUCAAGACCAUCCUGGCAAAGACCAACGUCAGCAAGUUUGACCUUCCCAACCGUGAGGCCUACAAGGACUUCUUUGGCAUCAACCCCAUCUCCAGUUUCAAGCUGCUGUCCCAGCAGUGUUCCUAUAUGGGGGGCUGCUUCCUGGAGAAGAUUGAGCGGGCCAUCACACAGGAGCUCCCCAGCCUCCUGGGAAGCCUCGGGCUAGGAAAGAAUCCAGGUGCUCUCAACUGUGACAAAACAGGGUGUGGCGAGACCCCAAAGAAUCGCUAUAAGAAACACUAGGUCAUCGUUUCUCCAUUCUGGGGUUCCUGUUGGUGGAUAAGCUUGUGUCCUAACUGUCUGAGAAGUCCUGGUUUAUUAACCCUUUGAGCCACACUGGCAAGAAUCCUUACAUGCUGGAGAUUUGGGAGUUAAUUGAGGCCAGUGGUGGGGGAGCAUGUGGGUCAAGGGAGGCAAGAGGAAACUGUGAAUUAUAUAGUGUGCCCAUCUUCUUGCUUCCGUGGGGGGCCUGACUGAGGCAGGUCAGGCCCUGCCAGCUUUUCCUGGGUCCUAUUGCAAAGGGACAGAAAGCAGCUAAAUUCUAGUGUAUACUGAAGUGAUGCGUGUCCAGCUGAAAGCAGCUGAAAUUCUCUUUUAUGUCUUUAAGCUGGGAAAAAGAGGGAAGACUUGAUUUUUGUAGGGCUGCUUGGGUCCUUCGUGACUUCCUCUCACGCAGUCUCCUGGCCCUCCUCCUUCCAGGCCCUCCUCCCUCCUUCCUCAUGGGGCAGGGGAACAGUUUAGGAUAGCAGAAUGCUGAGAGAGAACAGGAGUCCCCUGGGCCAGGAGAAGGCGCUGCCUUCCCCCUGCCAUUUCUCUGAUGUAGUCCUCUAAGCUGGUUGGGAAGCUCAGUCCCUUUCUCGGCCCCAAAAGGAGGCUGAGUGUUCCAUGCAUUCAGGUAAUUUACUUCUUGGAAGUGACUUCAGUGCAAGUACCAGAGGGGCUCAGAGGGUUAAUUGGUUUGCAGUGUGUCUUUGUCUAUUGCAUGUCUUGGAAAACUCAGACCCCAAAGGUGGGUUUCAGAGGGGACGAUGGAAACCUUGCUCCUUUUCCUGAGGGUCUUCUCUGGGCAGCCCAUCUCCCCCAGAUGAGGAGGAGGCAGUUUCCAUACCUUCUCUGCAGAGAUGCUCUGCAGAAGAGUCGUUCCCUCCUGGUUUUCACGCCAUGGCUUUUCCUUCCCCUUCUUCUCCAUUCCCUGAUGUGCCAACACUCAAAACUCAAGAGUGAUUGCCCACGAGUCAGAACCAGCAUCAGGCACUCAGUGCAGGUGGAAGCCAAGGCUUCACAUUCAGUGUCCGCCUGAACUGAUACUGGUUUGCACCACGCGUACCACAGGGCAGCCAGUGCCUUCAAAUCCGUGUGAAUAUGCAUGUCCUGCCUUGUCUGAGAGAGAGAGGAGGGAGACUGCAGAGGCCAGCGGGCCCAGAGAAGGGAUGUGCUGUGAGGCUCCUGCCUGGCUGGUGCGCAACCCCAGAGAGCAGCAGGGAGUGGAGGGAAGGAAACUUUUGAUGAAAAGUAGGUGAGUGAAUGGUUUGUGCAAAUCCAGGAGACCUGGCCCUGGGCUGCCCUCUGCGGCACCUGUGGCCUCGUGAGCCAGUCUCCCUUGGGAGUGAGUGAUUUGGGGAGCUUCAGCAUGAGGCCUGAGUCAGGGCCCACCAGCACCAGGAGGUCACCUUGGACCAGAAGGAAAGUGAAGAUGAAGGCAGAUGGGAGGCACUCCGAGGACGAGGCCAUGGAAGUGAACUGCUGGUCAAUCAGAUCAGGUCCCUGCGGAGAAUUCGGAAUUCCUGCUUCCCAGAAGGAUUAGCACUCGGUGCAAGCUGCAGCAGGGCCUGGAACCUCCCACAAGUCAGCCAGAGGCACCAGAGCCUCCAGGACAUUGCUUCUAAGGACAGAGCCAAGCAGAGCGCUGGGGCCUGCUGGGGCGCCCAAGGAGUCUGGUGACGGGGCCCAACGAGCUGCUUUUCUUCUCAUUAAAAUCCACCCUUGCCUCACCGCACCUACCGUCUCAAGAGUCUGCCCUCUCACCUUGCUCCUUGAUGCUCCCAGUGCCUUUGAGCAGCUCAGGAAGGUCUGAUUUCUCCAUGCAGCGGGGUGGUGCACAGUGCGGACCCGUCCAGCAGCCAGUGCCCCGUCACUCUGGGGGAAAUGGGUGUGAGGAGGCUGGUACCUUCAUUCAGGAUCUGUGUUUUCACGGGGUGGGGGAUGACAUGACCAGUGUGAUUGUUUCUCCCUUUCUUCGUUCCAUUCAUUUGCCUUUUCUCACUCCUUUCCCUCUCCUCUCUCGUUGACCUGCCUUUUCUCUGAAUUGCCAGUAGGCUCAUCAGCCGGCCCGCCUGGGCUUUCCAUGCUGUUUGGGCCCUGCUCUGUGGAUGUGGAUUUCAAGUAGAAUUCUGACUCUUUGCGGGGUGGGGGUGGAUUGGGACCUGGGGUAAAUUGAGGAUCCUGAGAUUUUCCCCCAAGAGGAGUUAUCUGUAAGUGUUUGUGCCUGAACAGUGCUAUUUCUCUCCAAAGUGGAAGCUUUCCAGUGUUAAUGCCAUUCUGAUUUCAUCUGGGAGGAAAUCUCAAUAAAGUUCAAUCUCUCUGGGA